AUGUCUAUUCACUGCACAAAUUGCACCCAACGAGUGCCUAAAGACAAGGCUAUGAAGAAGCUCAUCAUUUGGAACGUAGUGGAAGCCGCAGGUGUCAGGGACAUUUCUAAAGCGAGUGUCGUCAAUGCCUAUGUGCUUCCCAAGCUGUAUGUGAAGCUGCAUUACCGCAUGAGUUGUGCCACUCACAGCAAGGUAGACCCAACACCCCCACCUGGAUUUAGACCUGUGGGUGCUGCCCCAUGA